CGCGCGCACAAGCCCCACCAAAUCGAAUCACCAAAAAACAAAUAAAAAUAAUAAAAAUCGGGGAGAAAAAAAGGAAAAAGGGGCCCCAGUGGAACGUGUGCUUUAUCAAUUAUUUCCAAAUCCUCCGCCCAAUUUUGAGGAAUACAAGUUAAAAUUAAUUGGUGGAUAUUAAUGGCUGUCAGUGGUCGUCGCAGCGUGAGAUAUUCUCCUGUAGUCGUUGUUGAUAACAGAGAGACGACGGAGACCUCCACCAGAAGCAGCCACGGGUUAACAUAAGAGCUGACGAGUUGAAUCGCUGAAAUGUUCACCGGAACAGUGAAAGUGAAGAUAUGCGAGGCAGCGGGUCUCAGGGCGACUGACAAACACCGCAAGUUCUGGCAGGAUGCACCACCGAUAAUCGAUCCCUAUGUUCUCCUGGAUGUCGACCAGAAUCGUCUCAAUCGCACAUCAAUUAAACCAAAAACCUUCGAUCCUGUCUGGAAUGAGUGUUUCGCUCAUGAUGUACAGUCAGCUGUGAUGCUGGGACUCACUGUAUUCCAUGAUGCUGCACUACCACCUGAUGACUUUGUUGCUAAUUGUAGAAUUCCAUUUGAAGAGCUUGUAAGACGUGAGGACGAAACUGCUGAUUUCUGGAUCGACCUCGAGCCACAUGGGAAAUUGAGGGUCCAGAUAGAUUUGAAAUGGAGCAACCAAGAUCAACAAGCUGGCUGCAGUGGAGAUGCAGCAGGAGAAAAUAUUGGAUCGGGUGGUGGAAAAGACAGCGGUGCUGUGACAGGUAGUAUGGAACCACGUGGAUUCACUGAACGUGGACAGGGCUUUAAUCGACGUAGAGGUGCUAUGCGUAGGCGAGUUCAUCAGGUCAAUGGGCACAAAUUUAUGGCGACUUUCCUCAGGCAACCGACAUUCUGCUCACACUGCCGUGAAUUUAUUUGGGGCGUCGGAAAGCAAGGCUAUCAGUGUCAAGUUUGCACGUGCGUUGUUCACAAGAGGUGUCACAGACUGGUAGUAACAAAGUGUCCUGGCAUGAGGGAAGAGGAGAAGAACACUAUGUUGCAGUCUAAUGAAGGAACACAGGGACAAAGAUUCAGUGUUAAUGUACCACAUCGAUUUGAGGUGCAUACUUUCAAGCGUUUCACCUUCUGCGAUCAUUGUGGAUCGUUGUUGUAUGGAUUAAUUCGACAAGGACUUCAAUGUAAAGUUUGUGAUUUAAAUGUCCACAAGAGAUGCCAGAAGAAUGUAGCCAACAACUGUGGCAUCGAUACAAAAGCAAUGGCAGAGAUCCUGAGUACUUUGAACAUCUCACCAGAUCAACAGUCAAAGGCUCCACGGAUUAAUUACAAGCCCAGCUCCUCAAGUAGUUCCUCGCACAGUACCUCAGGCCCUGGCAAGCAGUCCUCACAAUCAGGAAAUAUUGAUAGCAGUGGACAAUCGAAUGAACAGGCACCGCUUAUCGAUCUGACACCACGAGAGGACGAGAAUGAGACGAGAAAAUUCUCACUGGAUGAUUUUAAUUUUAUCAAGGUCCUGGGGAAGGGCAGUUUUGGUAAAGUCAUGCUGGCUGAACGCAAGGGCAAUCCUGACGAGGUAUUCGCUGUCAAAGUCCUCAAAAAGGAUGUCAUUAUUCAGGAUGACGAUGUCGACUGCACCAUGACAGAAAAGAGAAUUUUGGCACUUGCUGCCAGGCAUCCCUUCCUCACUGCACUCCACAGUUGCUUCCAGACACCUGAGAGAUUGUUCUUCGUUAUGGAAUACGUUAAUGGAGGUGAUCUCAUGUUUCAAAUUCAAAAAGCCCGUAAAUUUGAUGAGAUUCGAGCUCGAUUUUAUGCAGCAGAAGUGACGUUAGCCCUCCAGUUUCUCCAUCAACACGGAGUAAUCUACCGUGACUUGAAGCUGGACAAUAUUUUAUUGGAUCGAGAGGGUCACUGUAAACUUGCUGAUUUCGGUAUGUGCAAGGAGGGCAUCGUCGAGGGGCAAACCACGACUACAUUCUGUGGUACCCCAGAUUACAUUGCCCCUGAGAUCCUCCAGGAAUUGGAUUAUGGGGCCUCUGUCGAUUGGUGGGCACUUGGGGUUCUAAUGUACGAGAUGAUGGCUGGACAGCCGCCAUUCGAGGCUGACAACGAGGACGACCUCUUCGAGUCGAUCCUCCACGAUGAUGUGUUGUAUCCAGUUUGGCUCAGUAAAGAGGCUGUCUCGAUCCUCAAGGGCUUCAUGACGAAAAAUCCAGCCAGACGUCUGGGGUGUGUCAUCGCCAAUGGAGGGGAGAGCGCCAUUAAAUCACAUCCUUUCUUCCAAUCCAUGGACUGGAGGGCACUCGAGGCCAGGAGGGUCAAGCCACCCUUCAAACCUAAAAUUAAUAAUGAAAAAGACGCGAUGAAUUUUGACGCGGAAUUCACGAAAGAAGAGCCAGUCCUGACUCCAGUCCACCAGUCGAUCCUCAAUUCAGUAAAUCAAGACGAAUUCAAGGGUUUCUCAUUCGUCAAUAAGGACUUCAAUCCAAAUCGCCUUGUCACCCCCUAAUGAGCACUACCAUCCCCCUCCGAUGAUAAAUCGAACGCCGAAAAAUCACAAUCGACUGUCACAUGCGUUCGUGCGUUGUGUCGACGUCUCUCACGUCGAUUAUUACCUCCAUGGAGCACAAACGUCGACAAUGCACAGGUAAAACCGAGAACGUAAUCAAGGUCUUAUCUAUAAUUAUUUUAAUCCAAUUUCAUUCUUCCAAUUGACACUCCAUCGAUACAAUUAUCGACAAAUCAAUCAAUUCAUUGACAUAAAUGAGUGAAUUAAUUGAUUUCAACGAAUAAAUCACGAGGAAAAUGAAAUAAUUUUUGUUUCUCACGAAGUUUCAUGAUUAAAUCAUCAUUUCUACCGAAAAAAAUGAUCAUUAAUUAUCCACUGAGGUAUCAUCUGUCCAAAUUACCAUGAAACUUCGACAGAAAUGAGUAAAAACAUCAGACGUGACCAAAAAAUCCACUGAAAUUUCAAUGAGAUUGGGAUUAAACGAUUAUUCAUCGAAUAAUUAUACGUAUCAGUUUGAACAAAUAGUUAAAUGAACUAUUUGUCGGUGGAGAUGGUGCAAGCACAGGAAAUUGAUUUUUCAUUGAAUAAGAGGAGAAAUUAUAGAGAAAUAACAGAAAUUUAUCAGAUGAUUUUAUCGAAUGAUUUCGAUAUGAUUGAGAUCAGUUCCCUGGUGGUUCCGAUCAGUUAUAAAUAAUAUAAAUAUUUAAUAACUAUUUUAGAAUAAUGCCUAAUGUAGUCGAGCACAGGAGGAGCGUUCAUUUAAUUGAUUGAGGGGGACAAAUUCGAUAAAUGAAUUACUGGGGGGGAGGGGAGGUUUCCAUUACUUUUUUUUCUCAUCUUUGUGAUUAAUCAUUUGCACUUAGGUACUCUUACGUGUUGUCUCUAUCUAGUUAGGUACGUCAGUGGAUUGGAAAACAAUUGACUUAAGGAAUCUCGGUAUUAAUUAAUGCACAUCGUCCUUAGUAGAGCAGUGAUUAAUUGUUAAUUAACGAAACGUCAUUAUCUCGAGUAUUUUGGGUGGAGUAUUGUCCAAAUAUAUUUAUUGAAACGUCGAUGAAUUUUACUGAUGAUAUUUAAGUGGAAACGCAGUAAUUAUAUUUAUAAUUAUCAAAUUAUAAUUAUUAAAAUCUCGGGAGGGAGUGGAGUGAGAGAAAAUGUCAUGAGACAUUUUUUCUAGAUCUUGAAAUUUUCAACGGAAAAGUUCUCUUGUACUUUCCCGUAGCUGCAGCAGUUGGCGAGAUAAUCAAUUUUUUUAUUUCGUUUCAUGAUUAAUUUUUCAAAUGAUUAAUAAUUAAUAAUUAAUUGAAAUCUAUCGGAAAAUUCUGAGUGGCGUUUCACCAGUGAUUCUCGUACUUAAUUAAUCGGUCUUGAGAGAAUUGAGUACCGAUCAAUCGUUUGAAAAUUUCAUUCUGAAUUAUAUUUAUCAAAAAAUUAUUUUGUUUAAUAAAUCGUUGAUAGAGUUGGGAAAUUCGAUGGUAAUUAAAUACUGACGAUUUUAAUGAUCUUUCUUUUUCAAAUAUUCAUCAGUUGAUUCGUUAAUUAAUUGAUAAUUAAUAUUAAUGUUGAAUCGUGAAUUAAAUAAACGAUAAGAGAAGUAUUUUUAAAUUAUAGAUUAAUGAACAAGUGAUUAAUCCUUUGAUUGGAUUGUCAUUCUCUGGCGAUAAAAGCCCUAAUUGCUGAUGAAAUUGAUGUGAAUGUCGAUGGAUUAAUCAACUGAGAUAAUUGUUGUUGUGAUAUCGUUGUCGUAUUAAAUAUGGGAAGAUAUUUUUAUUUAAUUUUAGUUAAUUGAUAAGAGUAAAUCGCAUUAUCUCGCUUCGUGGGCCAUGAGCCUGUGCGGGACUCACGGAAUGCGCAAGCGAUAAUUUCGUAUUCAUAUUUUAAUGAUAAGAGUAAUUGAUGAAGAAUAAAUUGUAGAGAUAGAUGAGGAACAAAUUUAUCAUCAAUUUGUAUAUUCUCUCAUCAAUCGUCUUGUGUUUCCGUCGAUUUUUCACACUCUCAACGAUCGCGGUGAUUUUUUUAAUUAAUCAAAUUGAUUGAUUGAAUGUUGUGAAAUCGUGGAAUAUCAUGCAAUCGAUAAUUGCGAAUUUUCCGGGAAUUAAUUCUUUAAUUUAUCCGAAAGAAAUAAGAUUUCACGCCGAUUCCACCGCGUCACCACGAAUUCCUCCAUUUUUAAUGAAGAAUGAACUGAAAGAACAAUUAAAUGGGGAAUAUUGAUAAACAAAUAAUCUUAAAAGGGUGCAGAAUAAAAAAAUCGAUGCGAAACGGUUAGUCCGGCCUACGUUUAGCAAAAACAAGAAUUAUUCGCAUAAAUUUGAUGAUAAACCAUUUUAAAAAUUAUGAAUCUUAAUUGAUAAUUAACGUAAGAAUGAGAAUAUAAAUAAAUUGAUAAGAUUGGAUCCUAGGUAGAUUAAUAACAAACCAAAGUCUUCGUUCUUAAUUUCUCAUUUUUACUUUUUCAAUUAAUCUCUGCGGUAAUUCAAUAUAUUUUCCAAUCAAUUAACGGAGAUUGGAUUAUUGCCGUCCCGAUCACAUCGAUUGCGAGUGGAAAAAUAAUUAUAGAGAUUUCGAUUAAUUUAUUUUAAAAUACAACCAAAUUUUCCCCUUCUACCAAUUUUUCAUGAUUUUUCAAAUCGAUUAAUUGCAGAGAUUAAUUGUGAAUAUACUGUGGGCCAUUUCCACACAUUUGUUUAAAUUAUUCAACAAUUUUUUUUCUAAUUCUCAAGCCAGUGGAUUCACGAGAAAAUGCCGGUUGUUUUUUCUCUCGAACCCACGGGCUCUCGGUUCCCCAACCAAAUUAACAAAAAGAGAAAAACUCUCGUGCGUAUUAAUUAUUAAUCAACAAAUAAUGGGUAAAUAAAAAAAAUAUAUAAAGUGAGAGCGACGAAGCAGAGCUUCGGACGUACAGAGUCUAUGCAGUAUAUCUAUAAACAAAGAAAAAAAAAACUUAACAAAAAGCAUAACAGAAAAAAAAUUUAAUGAAUAAUUAUCAGAGAGAACAACUGGCCCCUCAUUAAAUCGCGCUGUCCCGUUCGAUGUGAUUUUUUAUCGCUAAUUUAUAGUCUAAUUACCUAACGUAAUGAUAAACAAAAAAAAAAAUGAUAAAUGAAUACGUUGAAUGUUAAAUUAAAAGAAUUUAACAAAAUUGAGAAGACAAAAAAUCAACAAAAAUGAGAAAAAAAAAGGGGGAAAACAUAAUAUAACAUUAAUUGUGAGUAAAAUAUUAUUGUAAACGUCGAUAUGUCUAUAAUGUGCUUGUGUUUAGUAUCUAGAUGAAGGAAGUUUAUUGAUUAAAUUAAUUGUUGAUAGCACCUGGGCUAUGGUGCGGGCACAAGAAAUAUUUAAACAAUUUAUGAGUGAAAGAGCCCUCUCAUGAGAAUUUCACUGAUUUGAUGUUGAAAGUGUUAAAGUAAAAUGCGUUAUCCUCGUACCUAAAUUAUAUAUAUUGCUGGCUCGAUGAUGAUCAAGGCCAACUGGUACUUGUCAUCAUUUCUUUUUUUUUUUAUAUAUAUAUUCUUUUUAGAUUAAGAAAACACCGAGCACCGUUACGAUGUAUAGGACAAUUGCAAUUGAGUCUUGAGAUUUUUUUAUCAAUUUUAUUUGUACUUUAUUUGUAUUUUAUUUGUCUGAAAAUCGAGGAAGUCAGAGAGAAUGAAUUAAUUAAUCGAUAAAUGUUUAUCUCCUCUUAAUUUUCAUUCAAUCAAUAAUUAUGAACAAAUCGUACUUCUGAAGUAAUAAUCACGUUAAUCAAGUCUCAGUCACGUGCCACAAUAAUUUACGCUUCCCAAUUGUUUAAUAUUUUUUAAUACUGAUUUAAUUGAUAAGUCAUUGAAAUUCGAGCGUUAGUUAGUGAAAUGCCUAUUUAAGCAGAAUAAUCAAGAGAGUAAUCAAUCACAUUAUUAUAGACUCACCAAAAUUGAAUUGAUAAUUAUUUUUUAAAAAAAUAAUUACGAAUAAUUAACAAACUGCUGAGCGGUUGACGUCAUUUUGUUUAAACUCAUAAUAUAUUUUUACUCAAUGGAUCUCGUACAAUUUUUAAUUAAAAAUGGCACAUCGUCGAUCACUUGAUUGAGGAUAAAUAACAAAUUACCAAAGAUGUACAACUUCCCCAGUUAAUUAAUGUGACAUCCGGUGAACUAUUGAAUUAUUUCACAUCACAUAUUGCAUUAUAUUUUUAACGGACAAACGCACAUGCCUCGUUAGGUUACUAGUUGAUUAAUUAAUUAUUUAAAAAAUGGAGUGAACAAUCUAAUUGAUAA